AUGCACGAUUCGGUUCAGCUAUACAACGAAAUAAAGCAUCAUAGAAAAAGCAUCGUAGCACCUGUGGAUUUGAUGGGAUGCUCAGUAACUCCUCGAUGCACUUCAUACGAGCAGAAGGCACUGUAUGUCCUGAUUGCACUUCUUUUAUCAUCACAGACACGAGACGGCAUAACAUGGAAUGCGAUGCAAAGACUGUGCCAAUCCCUUCCGGAAGGAACACAGAACAACUGCUCAGAAUACAACGGACUCACCCUCGAAAACAUACUCAUCACAAGCACCAGGCACAUCAACGAUUGCAUCAAGAAGGUUGGAUUUCACAACAAAAAAGCACUAUACAUCAAGAAAAUCGCACAGAUAUUGAGUAAGACGGGGCUUCCAAGCACUCUGGACGAUCUACUUAUCCUUCCAGGCAUAGGAGUAAAAAUGGGCGUCCUGUAUAUGGCACAUGUCCACAACAAGACAGUGGGAAUAAGUGUAGACACACAUGUCCAUAGAAUCUCAAACAGAAUAGGACUUGUAAACACCAAAAGAUCUGUUGACACACAAGCAAGACUCCAAGAAAUCAUCCCUACAGACGAGUGGAUAGCACUUAACACAGCCAUGGUCGGGUUCGGCCAGACAAUAUGCCUUCCGCGGAAUCCAGACUGCAGCAAGUGCAUAAUUGCUUCAAAGUGCCCAAGCUCUCUUUUCUGA